AUGGAGCCUUGCACCCACUACGCCAGAGGAUGCGACCUUUUAUCCUUAUGCUGUGAAGAGUUUUUCGCAUGCAGAUAUUGUCAUGAUCGGGUUAAGUAUGAAGAGGAAAAAGAUUUGACAAAAAGGCACAAAAUGGUCAGGGCUGAUGUGAAUACAGUUAGAUGCCGUGAAUGCAUGCAUAUUCAGGGCAUUGCUCAGUACUGUGAAGUCUGUGGGAACUGCUUACUUCAAAAAUCUUUUGUUUGUAGAGGAGAGUUAAUUUCUUUUUUUGUUCAAAAUUAAAAAUAAUCACAAUUUGUAAUAAUUUAAACUAAAUAUCAAUUUAACUUGUAAAAAUUUAUUUUAAAAUGCAAGUUGUUUUAAAUUAAACAGAUUUAGCUAUAGAUUUCAUAUAAUAAUUAUUACGUAUUAUAAAAAAAUUUUUUAUAACAACUUUUUAUUCACUCACAGAGGGUGGGUUCUGGCAAAAAAUAUGGUUUUGUUUGCUCGCGGCGGGGGGUGAGUUAGGCAACUAUUUCUGUGGGAUCUGCCACUUAUUUGACCACGAUAUGUCUAAACAAAUUUAUCACUGCGAUAAAUGCGGAAUAUGUCGUGUAGGUCCUAGAGAAAAUUUUUUCCACUGUGACACUUGUGAAGCGUGCCUUAGCAUUGCUUUGCGAGACUCUCACGUCUGCAUACCAGGUGUUUUGAAAUCUAACUGUGCUGUAUGCCAAGAAGAUAUGUUUACAAGUAGGGAAUCAGUUAUUCCCAUUAGGUGUGGACAUUUUAUACAUAAUUCUUGUUUGAGGGAUAUGAUGGAGCAUCAUCGAUAUACCUGUCCAAUCUGCUGUAAGUCUAUUGCUGAUUUUUCAGAUUUUUAUCAAGAAUUGGACCAAGAAGUCGCUUCGACUCCAAUGCCACCAGAAUACGAAAACGUUUGGUGUACUAUUCUGUGCAAUGAUUGCUUGAAGUAAGCUUUAGUCAGAAAAAACGAAGUCAAGUUUCAUAUUAUUGGGAUGAAAUGCCCAAACUGUGGGUCUUAUAAUACAGCAAGAUCUUAA